AUGGCUGCAGGCGAUGAUUUCUUUGUUGGUGCUGACCUGGCCAGAGUACUGCCAGUCCAGCCCAAUCCAUGGUAUCGUACUCCUCAUCUACGACGACUGAAUUUUCACCUGCUCUUCGUGAUCAUGUCGGCGGCGGGUUUGGGCUUUGAUGGCUCCAUGAUGAAUGGACUUCAAUCUGGAGUGGUUGCAUGGAGCGCCGACCGAUUCGGCCGUCGCAUAACUCUUCAAAGUGGAUGCUUGAUAGUAGUCCUUGCCGCAGCGAUUCAAAUUGGCUCCCAAAAUAUCGGCAUGUUCAUUGCAGCUCGGUUCUUUAUCGGCAUCGAAAUUGAGUUUUGCAUUGUCCGAGCUCCAGUCCUGACAUCCGAACUCGCCUAUCCGACUCAUCGUGCUAAGUUGACGAGCCUUCUUUAUACCUCUUACUUCGCUGGUUCCAUCUUGUCAAGCUGGACUACCUUUGGCACAUACCACAUCAAGGGGCGUGUGGAAGAGGCCCGCGCUUUGCUGGUGAGAUGGCAUGCCAAUGGAGAUGAGACAUCCCCAUUGGUUGAGUAUGAAAUCAAUGAAAUUAGAUCGCACUUGCGUUUCGAAGCUGGUACUGGUAAACUGGGCUGGUCUCAGAAGCGUCUGAUUCAGGUUGUUUAUAUCUCAUUCAUGUCUCAGUGGUGUGGCAAUGGUAUUAUCAGCUACUAUCUGACCCUAAUUCUCAAGUCGACCUUACUCAAUGCCAUACUCCAAAUUGUCAGCUGGAUUGCCGCAAUUACCGGAGGCUUAUUGGUUGACCGUCUAGGUCGUCGCACACUUUAG